AUUUGUCUCGAUCCGCCCCCUAGUGGCCAACAUACGACGGCACACACGGAAGGAUUUUGUGUAGUGAAGUCACUCCGGGGGAGAAAAUCACCUGAAACGAAAGUGAAAUACCGGCAGUUUUAAACUCCUGUUUUUCGGAUCCCAGCACAGAGCUGCCGAUCCUGCUCUGCUCCAGGUUUGGGCUGCCUGCUGGCUUUAGGAAGGCUUUGAUCCAGCUCCUUGUCUCUUUGGAAAGUCACGCCGUUUGGUUUCGGACAGGAAACAGAGAGGGAUAAACAUGGCAGGAACCGGUGAGAUCGAUGAGGGAUUCUACUCCCGGCAGCUGUACGUUCUGGGUCAUGAGGCGAUGCACCGGAUGGGCACUGCUGAGGUCCUGAUCGCCGGGAUGAAGGGGCUGGGAGUGGAAAUAGCCAAGAAUGUGAUUCUGUCCGGAGUCAAGUCUGUCACUGUCCAGGAUGAGGGUCAGGCUGAGUGGUCUGACCUGUCAUCACAGUUCUUUCUGCAGGAGGCUGAUCUCGGUCAGAACCGAGCCACAUGUUCCCUCCCGCAACUGUCUGCGUUAAACCCUCAUGUGCUUGUGUCAGCCCACACCAGACCCCUGAAUGAAGAAUUUCUUCUGAAAUACCAGGUGGUGGUCCUCACUGACUCCUCACUGGAUGAUCAGAAGCGAUUUGGGGAUUUCUGCCAUGAACGUGGAAUCAGGUUCAUAGUCGCAGACACAAGGGGGCUCUGCGGCCAGUUGUUCUGUGAUUUUGGAGAGGAGUUUGAGGUCUUGGAUCGGGACGGAGAGAUGCCUGCAACGCUGAUGAUUGACCGAAUCACCAAGGACAAUCCUGGAGUUGUAAUCUGUGCAGAUGACCAGAAACAUGGACUUUGUGACGGCUCUAAAGUUCUUUUCUCUGAGAUCCAAGGCAUGACAGAGCUAAACAGCAUGGCCCCUGUGGAGAUCAAAGUCUGCGGCCAGUAUUCCUUCAGCAUCUGUGACACGUCCAGCUUUUCGGAGUAUGAACGAGGUGGAGUGGUGACUGAAGUUAAGCAGCCUCUCAUGCUGAAUUUUAAACCACUGAGCGAGGCUCUAAAUGACCAUCAGCUACUGAUUUUGAAUGACUAUGGAAAAAUAUCCAGACAUAACACUUUGCACCUGGCCUUCCAAGCCCUGCACAGCUUUGUGAAGAAAGAGCAGCGACUCCCUCAUCCUUGGUCACAGCCAGAUGCAGAUUCGCUGCUUAACCUCGUGAAAGAGUUGAAUUCGGUCUCAAAGCUGGAGGAACUCGAUGAGGCUGCAGUGAGGAGCUUCUCCUACACCGCCCGGGGCGAUUUGGCUCCUAUGAAUGCUUUCUUCGGAGGCCUGGCUGCUCAGGAAGUCAUUAAGGCAUGCAGUGGAAAAUUUACACCUCUACAACAGUGGCUAUAUUUUGAUGCCCUGGAAUGUCUCCCUGAAGACGGAGGUUGUCUGGAAGAGAGCUCCUUUUCCUCAAGAGGAACGAGGUACGACGCUCAGAUCCGGGUCUUCGGGUCAGAGUUUCAGCAGAAGCUCCUGAUGCAGAAGUAUUUCCUGGUGGGAGCAGGUGCCAUCGGCUGUGAGCUGCUUAAAAACUUUGCCCUCAUUGGGCUCGGUGCCGGAGAAGAAGGCCACAUCACUGUAACGGACAUGGACUACAUUGAAAGAUCCAACCUGAAUCGGCAGUUUCUGUUCAGAUCGAAGGAUAUUGGGAAACCCAAAUCAGAGGUUGCAGCCAAAGCGGUGGCCGGGAUGAACCCACAGAUUAAUAUCACCGCUCACCAGAACCGUCUGGACCCUGACAGCGAGGGCGUGUAUGACUACAGCUUCUUCAUGGGCCUGGAUGGCGUGGCCGCGGCCCUCGAUAACGUGGAAGCUAGGGUUUAUCUCGAUAAGCGCUGUGUUCUGUACCAAAAGCCGAUGCUGGAAGGGGGAACUCUAGGAAGCAAAGGUCACACUCUGGUGGUGGUGCCUCAUCUGACAGAGUCUUAUGGACCGGCCAAAACGAGCUCUGGUAACGGCAUCCCACUGUGCACGCUGAAGAAUUUCCCGCAUCGGAUUGAGCACACACUACAGUGGGCCAGGGACCAGUUUGAGGGACUGUUUAAACAAACCCCUGAAAACGUGAAUCACUUCUUGAGGGAUCCAAAGUUCAUAGAGCGUACUUUGGCCCAUGGUGAUGCUGAGGCCCUGGAGAUCCUCGGCGGUGUAUGGAGCAGCCUUCAGGAGACGGGAGCUGGUGGACAGCGUCCACAGAGCUGGGAGGACUGUGUGAGCUGGGCACGCUGCAAGUGGGAGACUCUGUACAACAACGACAUCUGCCAGCUUCUGCACUGUUUCCCUCCAGCAGAGGUGACUGCCAGUGGUUUGCCCUUUUGGUCUGGAACCAAGAGAUGCCCUCAUCCACUGACAUUCGACCCCAACAAUACAACCCACAUGGAGUUUGUGAUGGCAGCAGCUAACCUAUACGGGCAGAUCUACGGGAUCAAAGGGACAAGAGACGUCGCCGCAAUCAGACAGACCUUAGAGAAAGUCCAGGUUCCAGCCUUCAGUCCCAAGUCCUCCGUAAAAAUUCACCUCACCGACAAGGAGAUGGAGGAGGACAGGAAAAAGGAGGCCGAUGACACUGACAAAGCCCGACUCGCAGAGCUGAAAGGAAAGUUGUCCUCGCUGAAGGGCUCGGGUCAGAUGUACCCCGUUGACUUUGAGAAGGACGAUGACAGUAACUUCCACAUGGACUACAUCGUUGCUGCUUCCAACCUGAGAGCGGAGAACUACGACAUCCCUGCAGCUGAUCGCCACCAGAGUAAACGCAUCGCUGGAAGGAUUAUUCCCGCCAUCGCCACGACGACGGCAGCCGUUGCAGGCCUGAUGUGCCUGGAGCUGUUCAAACUCAUUCAGGGUCACAAGAAGAUCGAAUCCUACCGCACGGCCUACCUCAACCUGGCCGUACAGUACUUUGUCCUGUCCCAGCCGUGCCGCCCACAGAGCUUUGAAGUCGCAGGAAAGAAGUACACCCUGUGGGAUGAUUUCCUUGUUGGAGGGAGACGCUGCAAUCAGCAGGAAAUGACCUUGGCGGAUCUCAUCCAGCAUGUGAAGGAAACAAAUGGCUUGACCAUCUCCGGCCUUUAUUAUGGACCUGCUAUCCUAUACAGCGGACAAGAAGACAGGCUGAAAAUGAGCAUGUCCGACUUGGUGAAAAAGAUAACAAAGGCAGAAAUCCCUCCUCAUGAGAAGAUGUUAGAGCUGAUCCCUUCGUUUGAGGAGGACGAGGACUGUGAGACGGUGCCCAUCAUCAGGUACAAGCUCCUGUGAUGCAUUCUACAACAAAAAAAAUAAUAGUUCUUCUGAUUCCACCCUCCGGAGCAGCGAAGUGAUUUAACAGAUGAAUAAAUAAAUAAGAUUGAUUGAAUCAUGAUUUACAGCUGCUUUUUUGCCAAAACAGCUAUGUGAAUGUUCGUUACGGGUGUUCUGUCACUUUUUGAUCGUUUGUUUAGCAAUAUGAACCUUAACAAUUAAGCGUGCCCUUAAUAUCAAACCAAAUGUACCAAAAUCUAUGGACAAUUUGUCUUCUUUUUUUCUAAUUAUUGUGUGAUAAAACACUUUUUUGUUUUUGCUUUCAUGGCAUUUAGUCACGACAUCCAGUGUUUUUCUGUACUGUUCUGCUGUGGUUAUGUGACUCUAGUGAAGGUUACCUGAAGGUCACAUGACGUGAUUUUUGGUUUCGAUCAUACUGGAUAAAAGUCAGCUGCCUUAAAUGGAGAUCAUAGCCCACAGUCAUUGAAAAUAGAGUGCUUAAUAAAAUCUUCAGAAAAAUAUAUGACUAAAUUAAAUUGUAAGUGGGAUCAUGGGAUUUAUUAUUUAUCCACAGUAAGUGAAUAAAUUCAGCAUUUCUUUAGUGUUCUGAACUUUUAUUGUGAACCUUUUAAAAGCCUGGCUUGACCAUGCUAUCUAAUAUGUGAGAUCUUUAGUUAUUUUGUUGUGUAAUGCUUGCAAGGCUAUGCUGAAUUUUGGCAAACCCUCUGUAUGCAGUGGUGAGCGUUUUUUUGGGUAUAAACUGGCAAAGGGGUUAAGCUGAACUGCUGCUAAGGACACUCUUCCCUCCCAGGCUCCCGAAGUCGUCUACAAGGCCUUUGUCUGUCCUCAGAUGGCUUAUUUUUGUGCUGCCCUAAAGCUCAGCCCCACAAUGCAAUUCACUCCACACUCUCAAAUUAAUGUGAACAUUUUUUUAAAGAUGCACUGCUCUCCUGCUGCAUUAAAUUAUACGGAUGGCAUCUGGAUUUUCUCUGUCGUUAUUACAGUAACUCAGGCUACCUUGCUUACCGAUUGCAUUUUUACUGUGUAACACAUCAAAGACGUGAUUUGCGAAUAAAGGCUAAUAAAAGUCCCCACAAGGAACAUAAUGUGAAUGCGUACUUAUGACAGAAACUGUUUUGUUUACUCCUCCAACAGCAGUCUUCUUUGUUGUGUCAGAAAUUGAGCACAAUGUUCAAUAAAUAAUAAUAAUAAAAAAGCUUUUAUUUAUGA